AUGUUUAUUCUGCGUUCAAUAUAUCUCACUCAGCCACCUGAUCUUUCGGAGCUGAAAAUGGAAUUAAUGGAGAUUGAUAAGGAAAGUAAUAGAAGCACGCCUAGGGCAACGGAAAAUAUUUUGAGUCUAAGGCCAGUUGCACCUGAUGAGUGUGGUGAAGGUUUGCCAUAUGCUCCUGAGGAUUGGCCAAAUCCUGGUGAUACUUGGACUUGGAGGGUUGGGAGGCGAGUUGCUAUUACUGGCCAUUAUUUGGAUAGAUACCUUUAUCUUCCAAGUCGUCUUUGUCAUCUUGAGAAUACGACACGUAAGAAACAUGGUUUUGCCAGCAAGCUUUCAGUUGAGCGAUAUAUCCGAUCUGUAUUUCCCAAUGCAGACAUUGGUAAAUUUUUUGCUUCAUUCAGCUGGAAGAUCCCAUCAAAGCAAUCCUCAAUAAAUGGUAAUGUGGAGGGGCACUUUUUUUCCCCUAUACCUUCUGAAGAGACUGCAGAACUUUCUGUGUCUGAUUCCCAGUAUGAUGGUGUGGGUUGUAAGGCUGGGAAUAAGAUGUGCACCAGUCUUGGGUUACAAACAGAAAAUCAACCCUUAGCUGCCAUGCCUUGUGAUAUUUGUUGCAGCGAACCUGAUUUCUGUGGUUAUUGUUGUUGUAUCCUUUGUUGCAAAACUAUUAGCCCAAAACAUGGAGGUUACAGCUACAUAAAAUGUGAAGCACCUGUGGACGAGCAUCAUAUGUGUGGCCAUGUUGCUCACAUAAAUUGUGCUCUUCGAUCAUAUAUGGCUGGUACAUUGGGAGGAAGCAUCGGUCUGGAUGCUGAGUAUUACUGUCGGCGCUGUGAUGCGAGGACAGACCUAGUGCCACAUGUUAAAAGUCUUUUGCAAACUUGCAAAACUGUUAAUUCCCAGGACGAAAUAGAGAAAAUAUUAAAUCUUGGCUUCUGCGUUUUGCGAGGUUCACAGAGAGCUGAUGCAAAGGGAUUGCGGAAAUGCAUAGAGGCAGCCAUCACAAAGCUUAAAUGUGGGACUGCUCUCGAAGAUAUCUGGAAAAUGGAAGAGGAAGUCUCAGCCAUUUUGCCUGCCAUCUCUCCCAAUGGAAAUGCCAUGCUGGAAGUUAAUAAUCAUCAAGACCUUCUGGACUAUAGAAUGAGCUCGCCAGAUGUGUCUAUGUCUGCUGAUAGCCAGACUGUAUCUCUUAAACUUGAGGACGAGAUCAAUCAAGUUCUCCAGGCACUACGGGUUGCACAGGAAGCUGAGUACAAAUUUGCAGAGGAACGACUUUAUGCUCAAAAGAAAUAUCUUCAGAACCUUUACCAGCAGUUGGACAAAGAGAGGUCUGAAUUGGCACGUCGCACGUUGAAAGCCAACCCAGAUGCUUUGCUGAGUGCUGUAUUGAGCAGGGUGGAUCAGAUAAAGCGGGAAGAGACGAAACUCAAGGAUAUGAAAGAAGUGGCCAAUGGAUUUGGAAGGACGGCAAAAGAUAUUCUUAAGGAACAUUUUGGUUUGGAAGUUGAGAAAUAA